AUGCUGUGUGCUUGUCGGCUCCUUGCUCCGCAGUUCGGGAGCCUGGACAACCUCUACUGCAGGUAUACACUUAGCUUCGGGAACGACUGGUACAUUGUACACGGUCUCGACACGGGACUGUCUCAGAUCGCUCAGCGGGCUGGAGGGCAGGACACAUCCGUCGUCUGGAAUUUUCCCAUUGAUAUCACCUUCAAGAGCACGAACGCCUUCGGGUGGCCUCGUCUUGCCCUCAGCGUGUUCCGAGUGGACGAUAUGGGCCGAGACACGGUUGUCGGAUACGGAUCUGUCUUGAUCCCAACCCAGGCAGGAAGGCACGAGAGAGUAGCGCACAUGUACGCCCCUCAGCCUUCGUCGAUGCUGCAACGAUUCAGAGCCUGGGUGUCAGGCGCGUAUCCAGAGGUGAUUAUGUUGGGGAUGGCGGAUUUCGGCUACAACAGGCCCGAGGGAAUGCAAGGAGUGAGCCAGGACCAGCGGUUUGAGUCCUACUCGGGAGGGGGGGGUUCGACCCACCGAGUCUCGUCCUCGAUUUUCGGCAACACCACCGGAAGCAAAACAAGUUUUGUUGGGUGA